AUGAGCGCUCUGGGGAGGGGAGGCCGCGCUCCGCGCGCGCCCCCGCCGGCUGCCGAGGAUCCGGGCGCGCGCGCCGCCUCCGCUCCACCGUGCGAUGAGAGCUCUGGGAGCGAGCGACACCGCCUUCCGCUAGAGACCUGUCCCCCGGCCCGGCCCCCGGCCCAGCGAGCGGGGGUCGUCGAAAGCGCCGCGGACGCACCGACGGCGGAGGACCCGCGAUGCGCAUGCUCUAGCAGCGCCCCUAACUCACUCCCUCCGCACCCCACCCUCCGCCGGCUCCGGCUGCGGAUCCUGCCUCGACUAUUAUUUUAUUUAUUUUGGGUCGUGCACAAGCCUCAGUGCCUGCAACCCGCGUCUCCUCGGACCGCGGGCACCUCUUCCCUCGGCUCCGAAGCCCCAGACCCUGGCCGCCCUCGCCUCGACACCCCCAGAGCCCCGCUAGCUGCCACGAGCCUCAGUUGCUGGAAUCUUGUUAACGGCUGUCUUUUGGGGGGGCUCUGGUUUACCGACAUUUUUGUUUUCAGCCAAGAGGAAGAUAUUGUGAUUUUUUUUCCCCUUCGAGCCCAGGCUCUGCUCUUUGGGGGUCUGGGGGGCGCGCCGAGCCGGGAGCCGUGCCAGCCGAGUCUUGCGGGCUGUGGCAGGGAAGGGGCCACCACCAUGGAUGUACUGUUGAGCGCAGAGGAGAGAGCCGCCCUCCAACGGAGCAAGGCGAUUGAGAAAAACCUCAAAGAGGAUGGCAUCAGCGCCGCCAAAGACGUGAAAUUACUCCUACUGGGGGCUGGAGAAUCAGGAAAAAGCACCAUUGUGAAGCAAAUGAAGUAA